AUGGAGUCCUUAGUCCUUCUAUUUGCGCUGUUGACUUGGCCUUCGUUCGUGCCGGCGUAUCCGAAAAUAACUGUGACACCUGACGAAGAAAAAAACUUGAAUCAUUAUGUACAAGUUUUACAGAAGCUAGUACUAAGUGUUCCCACUAAGAAGUCAGGCCAUCAGAAAAUUUCAAAGACUCCACAUAGUGUUCAUUCUGUGAGACCGCAGGCAUCACAACUUAAGGAGUUAAUUUCACCUGGCAAAGUUUCAACUGAGAAUGGUAUUUUAAGUUACCCUUUCAGUAAUAAAGCUACACCUUUACCUACUAGAGACUUCCAACCGGCACAAGUGGAGGAAAGAUAUACUAAAAGUACACCAUUCUGGUCAAUUAAACCAAACAAUGUUUCUGUUGUUUUACGUACAAAAGAACCUUAUAUUGAAAAAGAAGAGCCAGAGCCAGAACUAGAGUCCGAGUUACUGCCAGAGCCACGAACAGGGGCAGCAAUGUUAUGGCCAAAUGUUACUGAAUUACCUCCAAGUCCUUCAAGUAGGAGCACUUACUGGGAAACCUCCACAGAAAUAGAAGAUGUUCCUCAGCUCUCAGGCGAAUAUGAUACAGCAUUAUUUGAAAAUAACCCACUAAUUGUGAGUAAAGAAAUUUUGGACAAAAUAUCAAAUCUUCGUUCGGAAGUGCAACAUGUACCUCUUACUGAGAGCCUGAGGCCAGAAUAUAGAAAGGACAUUCAAGCCUCUAGAGAGCACCUAAGACGAAGCCUUGCUAUAGCAGAAGCAGCAGAACACAGAUUACAAAAAAUGUAUAAAUCUCAGGGAUUACCACUAGAACGCAGUGGUUUUAGAAUGGAUGACAUGGAAACUGUUAUUACCAUGCUGUAUAAUUCUAGAUCUAAGUUAUCUCAAUAUUUAAAUAUUAAAUAUGUUCCACUGAAUAUGAGACAAAAAGCUGCUAUAGUAGUCCUUACAUUGAAAAGAACAUUAUGUAUAAGUCGACCACAAACUCAAAGCCUUAUUAGGAGGUUAUUAAAUAAUAAUAUAAAAAUUUUAAACAUACUUGAUAUCCCAUGA